UAGACAACAGUGCUGUGUUUGUUAAAUUUAUGUUAUUGAAUACUAAUUAUACCAUGUCUGGUAAGCGAAUUAAAUUAAGUGGUGCAGCUUACCAAAAAGCAGCAAAAGAAAAAUAACGAAGAACUACUUCAGAAAAUUCCAAAAGUUCAUUCUUUUUUCCCUACUAGAAUUGUAAGAAGUCCGGAAUUGAUUCCCACAGAGGAAUAUUCUCAAUCUAAAACGUGUUUACCAACUGAUAUUUCUAAAAUUGAAAUACCGUUGAAUACAAUCGAUGAUACGAAAGUUACGGAAAUUAUUACGCAACCACAUAGUCUACAGCCGGAAUUGAUCCCCACAGAAGAUUAUUCUCAAUCUAAAACGUUGGACAUAAAGGAUCGGACAUGGAGCAAGCACUACUUAAAAAAUUUUGUGAACUUAAUAUAGAUUUGAAGUUUUGUAGAGGCCAAUCAUACGAUAAUGCGUCUAAUAUGUCUGGUGUUUAUAACGGAUUACUGACUCGAAUUAAAAACUAUUCGUCGACAGCCUUUUUUGUGCCAUGUUCAGCUCAUUCUUUGAAUUAAAUUGGUUCCAAUGCUGCAGAUACAACUCAAGAAGGCACAACAUUUUUUUUUAUAUGUCAAGCAAUCUAAUUUCUUUUCUGUUUCAACAUUCAGAUGGAAUAUUUUGACUAAUAUUAUCGAAAAUAAUCCAGGUUGUGUCAAAAUAAAAAAACUAUGUUCAACUCGUUGGUCAUCCAGGUACGAUGUAUGUAAAGCAAUGUGUAAUGGUUAUGCACAAGUACUCAGUGCUUUAACUACUAUUUGUGAUGACGAAGGACAAAAAAAAGAUACAAGACACGAAGCUCGUUCAAUUAAAAAUAAAAUUGAGAGUUUAAAUUUUUGUUUUAUGAUUUGUAUGUGGACACCUAUACUUCAAAGAUUUAACGCAACUAGUAUAAGUUUACAGUCUAUAGAUAUAGACCUAGCCACAGUUGUUACACUGUACGAAUCUUUAGAAAAAUAUGUGGAAGAUUUUAGAGAAAGAUUUGAUGUGUACUUAGAACAAGCAAAAACGAUGUGUUCAAAACAAUUAUUUUCCUGGGAUGGCGUGAGACAAAAAAAGAGAAAGAAGUUUUUUGAUGAAACUGAAAGUAACGAUGAAUUAUUGGAAGGAGAACAAAAAAUGAAAUGUGAAGUAUUCUAUGUUAUUAUUGACAGGCUAGUUGUGAAUUUACGUGAAAGAAAACUGUCCUACACUGAUAUAAAUAAUAAUUUUGGAUUUAUAUUAAAAUUAGAUACAUUGGAUACUAACGGAAUACGUGAAAAAGCUAAAAAACCUAGUGAAAAUAUAUCCUGAAGAUUUAAACGAGACAUUCAUAGAAGAACUUGUACAAUUUAAAAAUAUUUUUAAUUUGUUUUCAAAAUAAGAUAAAUCAUCUUUUAUAAGUCUUUUAAAAUGCCUCACAAAUUCUGCCCUUUUGACAACAUUUCCAAAUGUAGAAAUAGUAUUGCGAAUAUUUUGUUGUAUGGCUUCAUCUAAUGCAAGUGGAGAACGGUCAUUUUCUGUAUUGAAAAGAAUAAAAAAUUAUCUAAGGUCUGCUUUAGUUGAUGAAAAGAUGUCAUCAUUAUCCAUAUUAAAUAUAGAAAGCGAUAUUUUACAACAGAUUGAUUGGUCGGACAUAAUACAUAAAUUUGCAGUUUUGAAAUCAAGAAAAAAAUUAAUAUAAGUUGAAUAAAAAUGUAUUUUAAUUUACUAUUUUUAAUUUUUAAUUAUA